AUGUCGGUUUCCGUCCUUCGCAGUUACACGGUUCAGAAGGAAGGUUGCGAGGGCAAGUGGCUUGUGCCACAUCAGAUGAUGAAAGAUGUGGCCGGGCGGCCUUGGGUGCAGAUCAGAGCCAGCUGCAAAGGACUUUGCAAGCUCCUCGGCGGCGGCCAGCUCACAAGCCCGAGUUUCAAGGGGUCGACUGGUUUGUUGCUUCUGCUGCAGCAGAGAAACGAGAAGAGCAACUUGCUGGUUGACGAGAAAAACUUGUUUGCCAACGAAGCAAACCCGCCGAACAAAAAGAAGAGGAAGGCUCAAGAACCAGCAGAAGCAGAAGGCCAAGAAACCGUUCGGUUGGACCUGGGAAGUUGGGGGGAGCUGGAAGUGCUAAAGGCCAAGAGAAAGAACCAAGACCUGAGCAUCCCUUUGGAAGCAGCAUCUUUCGAGAUCUUCUUCGGCUUCAUGCUCCAGCAGGGCAUCUCCUUUGAUGAGCCAACAAGGACUUACACGAAGUCCGGCCUGUACAGGUUGACUUUGAUGGACUAUAAGGGCAAAUACUAUGCCACCGGCCGCAGGGAGAACAACUGCAAUGUGUGGAAACUGGAGAGCCGGGACCGAGUUGCUUUCCUGUGGUUUUCCGCACAGCACGAGGCGUUCUUCGUGGCCAACGACGUGGUGCAAGACAGGGACGGCAGCUGGGAGGACGUCACCGUGCUUUGCAGGAUGGACUUGCGAACCGGACAUGAUGGGCCCGAGGCUGGUGCAGUGUAUGUGCCCUGGAAUGCCUCUUUCAGCUCCGAGGUGUUCUCCUGCAGUGCUUUGGAGAAGCAGCAGGACCAGCUUGGCUGGAAUCUCUCCUCGCAGGUCGAAGAGCUGAGGAGCAGCUUGGCG